GACCGGGCCAGACUGUUGAUUCCCUGAGUUCACACAGAACAACAGGGUGUCUAACUCCUCAGGUCCUCUUUAAUUGUUCUGAUGGUCUUUAACUCUACAGCUGUCUUAGAAGCGGAAAAGGAAGCAUCUGCUGUGGAUAUAACGGAGACACAGACGUGUGGAGCAUAAAAAUGAAGCUUCUUGUUGGGACUCUACUCUUGGUCUCUGUCCUGCCCUCCUUCGGAAGCGUCUCUCCGUCUCCUUUUCAGGGCAGGUCCACCCAGGACGAAUGUGUCAGCAUGUCGUUCCGUCUACGAGCCUUUCGGCUGGUGACAAAUUGUAACUUUACCACUCUGAAAGAGAAGCAAGUGAAGGAGAUCCAGGCUCCAACAACCAACCUGUACCUGCCAAUCAUGUACCUGGUGGCCUUCUGUGUUGGUCUGCCCACCAACCUGUUAGCUCUGUGGGUUCUUGUUUUUCGGACAAAAAAUCUACCAUCAACCACACUGCUCAUCAACCUGACUGUGGUGGACUGCUUGCUGUUGCUGGUUCUGCCAUUUCGAAUUGUUUACCAUUUCCGAGGGAACCACUGGGACCUGGGUGAGCCUUUAUGCCGGACAGUCAUGGCCAUGUUUUACGGAAACAUGUAUGGUUCAGUCUGGUGCCUAGCCCUAGUGGCUCUGGAUCGAUAUAUAGCUUUGGUUCACCCUUUUGAUGCAAAGAUUUUGCGCAGCCAGAGAUUAUCUCUAUAUAUGUCCGGGGUGGUGUGGGUGGUGAUUCUAGCUGCUAUGUUGCCACUGCUGCUGUCACAACAGACCUACCCGCUGGACGACCCCAAAAUCACCACCUGCCAUGAUGCUUUGCCCGAGAAUGAACAAGAGAACUUCUUCCUUCCAUACUUCGGCACGCUGUUUGUUUGCGGCUUCCUGCUGCCGUUCAUUAUCGUGCUGUACUGCCACAGCGCUGUGCUGCGCACCCUGCUGGCUAAAGGCAAGCGCUACAGUUAUGCCAUCAGGAUUACAGCUCUGGUGAUGGUGGUCUUCAUUCUGUGUCUGCUGCCUAGUAACCUCCUCCUGCUCCUGACCUACAGUGAUACCAGCCUGGCAGAAGAUGAUGACGACCUCUACGUCCCCUACAUGAUCAGCCUGGCGGUCAGCACCUUCAACAGUUGCAUAGACCCCUUCAUCUUCUACUUUGUGUCCCCAGAGUUCAGACAAAAGGCCAAAAGCACUCUGUGCAGUCUCAGUGAGGAAGAAGUCACAGCAUCCUCUCAGUGGAACCACGGCACCUCGUCAGCAGAACAGAGAUCAGAGGUCACCCUGGUUUCAAUGACAUGUAGAAAGGAGACCUCUGAUGCAGCAGUUAGAUGCAAACAGGAAGCAAUAGUCGUCUGACUGCUGACGUCAACACUUGUCACACUCUUCACCAUAAAGGCAGUAUUAAUUCCUGGGUGGUUCUGAUCCGAUCAGCUGAUUGUUUAACAUUUUAUAUGUUUGCUGUUGUGUAUUUUCUUUUUAAACGUUAUAAACUUACAAUGUUUAUCUAAUAAAACAUAGAAAAUGUGGACUGGUUCAGGAUUCCACUGGUUUAUUGUGCUGCAUCAUAAAGCAGCAUCAGAACAUGAAAUAGUUUUAAAUAUUAUCAGCAGUGGUUCAGUUUAACAAGUUUUGUUGGAAGCCCAUCUGCUUGUAUGACUCCAGAUGAAGAGGAUGGAGGUUAGUGGUUUCCAUGAAGUCCUCAGGAAGUUUAUCUUUUCAGUUAAAGAGACAGGAAGCUGCUGUCAUUGGCAGCGGCGCUACUUUGUCAGAACCAACAUGAGCUUUAUAUUCUUUUCAAAUAUGUCUCCCCGGUCGCCAUCCGCCGUCUCUCAGUAUUCACAUUAGAGACCACUUUUACAGAGUUUAUUUUCAUUAAAAUUACCUUUGAGCUCAAUUGGCCUUAAUUCUGGAAGAGCUCUGAUCCAAAUCUCUCUGGAAUUUUAUCUGUGGAGACACAAAGUGACCUCUGUUCAACUUCUACAGCCACGGGUCAUGUUUCCAAAACAUAAAGGUUCCUACAUAAUACCUUCAAAAUCACCAACUAGUUGGUUUUUAAAAUAAAGCUCCACAUAAAUUACAUUUAGACCUAAUUCAUUAUCAGUCCAACUUUAUUUAAACUGCAUAUGAGAACCCAAUUCACAGAUGCUGUGGUUCAUAAUAAUUUGGUUAUUUUAUAGUGUAAAAAAAGCAACAUAGUGGGGGUGUUUUCUUAUGAUGUCAGCUGUUUAGGGUAAUUCCAGUGUGUAUUAGGGCCAAGCUAGAGAUUUUUUUUUAUUCAAGAAUAAAGCCAUAUUUCCUCAUGUCUCAUAGUAACCUGUCUUAUUAUCAUCUAACUUGAAGUUAUAUCAAGGCAGCAUUAGCCAAAGAGCAGGUGGGUGAGAUGAGUAAUAAUUAGAGACCAGCAGAUGAAUGAAAUGAACAGUUAAGGUCAGCUAUCAGGGCAGAUCAUGACAUAAUGAGAAUGGAACGAAAGUUAGACUGACAAAUCAAUAAUGCAUAAAGAGCAUAGUAUAAACUCACUCUAAACAAAUGCAUUUUUCAUUGUGACUUAAAGCAACCUAGUGUUUCAGCAAUUUUACAGCUUUCUAGGAGUUUCUAGAGCAUAAGAACAAGUUAUGCAAAGUAGAUUAGAACCACCUAAGGGGUCCGAGGGAUUGAAUCCCUGACAAGUCUGUAAAGUAUUUUGGAGCUGGGCAAUUCAGUGGUUUAUAUACUAAUGUAAAUAUUAUUUUAAAGUCUAUUCUCUGAGAUACAGAGGCUAGAAACACAAAGUUAGCACUGGUCAUGUGCUCCACUCUCUUAAUUUUGGUGAGUAUGCUGGCAGCAGCAAUCUCGAUCAACUGCAGCUGUCGGAUUAACUUUUAGGCAGACCUUCGAAGACACUGUUGCAGUAAUCAA